CCGGAGACCUUAGUCAAACAUUUUACGGACCAGGGAUCGGAUCAUCAAGCCCUUCUUCUCGCUGAUAAAACGUAUGUUCGAAAUAGUCGACCCCUAUUCCGGUUUGAUGCCCGCUGGGCAGAUAAUCCUGAGGUUAGGGCUAUGGUCCACUAUGUCUGGCAAGAGGAGAUCCAAGGUACCCCUAUGUUUCGACUUUGGGAGCGCCUAAAGAAACUGCACCAUCUGCUUUAUGAUUGGAGCAGGGCGGGCACUACGAAUUCCCUGCGCAAUAUCAGGACCCUCUAGGCAGAGAUUGAUCGGAUAAAGUAGAUCCAUUCGGUGGAAUGAGAUGAGAUCAGGACCCUGGAAUCGGAGCUAUCCUGUCAAUGGGAAGCAGAUGAGGUAUACUGGCAGCAAAAAUCUAGGGUACGAUAGUUGAAAAAAGGAGAUAAAAAUUCUGCCUAUUUUCAUACGGUCACUCGGGCUCGGCAGAAAAGGAAUUUUGUUUCUGGACUCCGAAAUGAUGAGGGUGACUGGGUCACUGAGGAAACAGCGAAGGCUACUAUUGCUACCAACUUUUACCAGAAUCUGUUUACCUCGGAGACCUAGGUUCCUAAUAUGAUUGAUAGGGUGGCGAAUCUCCCAAUUGCCUGUAGUGUUACUCCGGAGAUGAAUGCGCAAUUGACAGCAGAGGUUCUGCCCAGUGAGGUUCGGAGAACUGUCUUUUCCAUGGGAUCAAAGCAGGCCCCGGGAUCGGAUGGAUUCACAGGGAAGUUCUUCAAAGCAUUAUGGGAUAUUGUGGGCACUUCGGUGAUUGAAGCAGUAGUUUCCUUCUUUAAUACUAGUUGGAUGCUGCGGAGCUUUAACCAUACCUGGCUCACUUUGAUUCCUAAAGUGGAUUCUGGGGAAACUAUCAGACAGUUGCGUCCGAUCAGCCUUUGUCAAUUUGUUUACAAAGUGAUAACCAAAAUUAUGGCUGAACGGCUCGCUAAUCUGCUCUCUCAGAUCGUCUCAGAGGGUCAGAAUGCGUUUAUUAGAGACCGGCAGAUUAUUAAUAACAUCUUUAUAGGACAUGAGUUAAUGCAUUAUCUAAAAAUUAAGAAGCAAGGGAAGAAGGGGUACAUGGCUCUGAAGGUUGACAUGGAAAAGGCCUAUGAUAGGUUGACAUGGAUUUUAGCUCUGUCUGGCAAGGAUGGAUACAUGAGUGUCUUCGUUCCUCCUCAUUCUCGGUUCUGAUGAAUGGUACACCCUCGGGUUAUUUCACUGCCUCUAGGGGGCUCCGCCAGGGGGAUUCGCUCUCUCCCCUCUUGUUUGUGAUUUGCACGGAGGGGUUUGCGGCUUUCCUCUGGAAGGCGAUUUCAGAGAAGAAACUAUAAGGGGUAAAGGUGGCUCCUCGUGCUCCAAGAAUCUCUCAUUUGUUCUUCGCGGAUGAUUCCUAUUUAUUCCUGCGAGGUUCUCUUCAGGAGUGUGAGAAUUUAAUUGAUGUCUUGAAUGAAUACGAGGAACUGAGUGGCCAACGGGUUAAUCUGGAGAAAUCUGCGGUGUGCUUUAUCAAAAAUAUUGCCCUGCCAGAUCAGGAAUUCUUGGCCACGAUCCUAGGGGUUGGUGCAGUGGGGGUCCAUGGUAAAUAACUGGGGUUACCCACGCUGGUUGCCAGAUCCAAAAUGGACACGUUCAGAUAUUUGGAGGAGAAACUAAUAGGGCGACUUCAGGGGUGGAAGCAACGGACAUUAUCCUGGGCGGCUAAGGAAACAUUGAUUAAAUCCAUAGCGUUGGC